AUGGAGCUGGCCUACGAGCACGCGAUUGCGUUCGUCGUCUACGACGGCUACAUGAGCAAGGUGCUCAUGAAGGAGCUCACCGUCUUGAACCCGGGGGAGUUGGAUAAAUGGAAGGAGGUGUGGGCGGAGGUGAAGUUCUUGCCCACUGGGAUGUGGACAGUGAUGUGGGCCAGAGGCUUGUGCCAUCCGAGAGCAAGGUUCGACAAUAUACUCGACAGGUACCGUGGGUACGCGAGUUCGGGUGUUGCGCUUCAUGACGUGCUCUGGCCGGCGAUCUGGUUCCCCAUCAUCGAGGACACGGAGGAAGGCAAGGAAGAGACGAACGCUCUCAUGUCGGCGAUGGUAAAUCGCGUGUCGAUGUGCGCGGCGUAUGGGAAGGUCGCGGCGAGCGCAGCGUUUGGGAAGGUCGAUGCGAGCGUGGAGGGGAAGGUGGACGAGAAGAUGGAGAUGGGGGCCCAGGCGUUAGCGGCAUCGGCAUGCACCAUCUGGUGCUUCUUGGAGACGGGGGCGUCGGUGCUCGGUGCUGUGGGCGAAGGGAAGGCGGCGGCGAUGGUGGCAGGUGCGAGGGAGGCGAGGGCCAAGGACUUCAAGGAGGUGAUGCACGCGGUGAUCGACAUAGCACGCAGCAGGCAGGCUCCCGCUGGGGACGUUGCACAUAACGUCGCGCCAUCGCUGCAGAGCCAGGCAGUUGCCAGGGCCUUCGCGAAGGGAGUUGAGGAAGUCGAGGCCGACAUGAUCGCAAGAGCGACGGUCGAGACCUUGGCGUUCUGGGGAAUGUGCCUCGUCGCCGGGCCCAAGCUCAAAGCGCAGGGCAUCGAUGUGCCGUGUGACGCGAGGAUGGAGUACGAUAUGGAUCACAGGGGGAUGAAGGGGGAGAAGGUCAAGCAGAGCAAGGGCAGCAGCAAGAGGAAGAAGAGCAAGCAGGGCAUGGGCAGUACGGAUGCGUAG